UUCUCUAUUCACUCCCUCCCUCCCUUCCCUUCCAUCAUUACUCUUCUUGUUGCAUUGCACCCCUACACUACAUUAAUUCCGUUUCUCACAUCUCACAAAAGAGAACAAAAAGAAAUAUGUGUACCUCUAAAGCUAAGGUGACCACAGGCACUACUCAUGUUGAAAUAACACCACCUGCUGUCGCCCGGAUCAAUGGCCGUCCUGUCCUUCAGCCUACUUGUAAUCGUGUUCCUAGCCUUGAUCGUCGUAAUUCCUUGAAAAAAAUACCACCCAUCUCUCCUCCACCACCUGCAUCACUACCAUUUACGCCGUCAGCCACCAGUACUACAACUGUUGCCAAUGGUAGCAGGGCUAGGGCCUCACUCACACUGCCUUUAUCGCCAAGCUCAAAGUUCACCACCAAGCGAGGGAGUGAUCCCAAUGCGUUGAACUCAAGUUCUGAAAAGGUUGCCAUUCCCAGAAACACCACAAAAACCUUGGAUAGGAAGAAAUCCAAAAGUUUCAAAGAGGGUAUGGGGAAUAAUGGAUUAUCUUCUUAUAUUGAGCCAUCAUUGAGUUACUCUUCUUCUCUGCUGGUUGAGGCUCCAGGAAGCAUUGCUGCAGUUAGGAGGGAACAGGUAGCUCUUCAACAAGCACAAAGAAAGAUGAAAAUUGCACACUAUGGAAGAUCAAAAUCGGCCAAAUUUGAAUCUAAGGUUGUUCCUCUCGACAAUACCAAGCCUGCCGAGGAAAAGAAGAGGUGCAGUUUCAUUACGCCCAACUCAGAUCCUAUCUAUGUGGCUUACCAUGACGAAGAAUGGGGAGUUCCAAUCCAUGAUGAUAGCAUGCUCUUCGAGUUGUUGGUUCUAAGUGGUGCUCAAGUAGGCUCGGAUUGGACUUCAAUCCUGAAGAAACGUCAAGAUUUCAGGGAUGCAUUUUCAGGGUUUGAUGCAGAAACUGUAGCCAACUUCACUGAAAAACAAAUGACCACAAUUAGCUCUGAAUAUGGGAUUGACAUAAGCAGAGUUCGAGGUGUUGUGGACAACUCCAACCGUAUUCUCGAGGUUAAGAGGGAGUUUGGAUCAUUUGACAAAUAUAUAUGGGGAUUUGUGAAUCACAAGCCGAUGUCGACGCAAUACAAAUUCGAUCACAAGAUCCCAGUUAAGACGUCAAAGUCUGAGAGCAUAAGCAAGGACAUGGUGAGAAGGGGGUUUAGGUUUGUUGGACCGACGGUGGUCUAUUCCUUCAUGCAAGCCGCUGGUCUAACCAACGACCACCUCAUCACAUGCCACAGGCACCUUCCUUGCGCCUUGUUAGCCAUCCAAAGGCCACCGGUCCACUCACUCCCUGAUUUGUAGAUGAUUAUGAAUUGACAUUUAGACAUAUCCAGGCAACAAUAAUGCAUUGCAUGGGACGACAUCAAAGCAGUAGCCCAGAUGCAUAUACGUAACUAAAACCCAAUUUCUAACUAAUUAAAACCUUUUUUUUCCCCUCUUUUCCUCUUCUUUUGUGUGAUUAUCAUGAAUGAUGAUAAUAAUUAAACAUAUAUGUAUGUAUGUAUGUAGUAGAAAAGGUUUUUGUGACUUGUGACUCAAGAAACGGUGUGAAGGUUUGGAUUUGCUUAGCUAGAAAAGAAAAGAAAAGAAAAGAAAAGAAAAGAAAAAGAAAAAGAAAAAGAAAAAGAUGAUUAGAGAUAAGAAAAGAUGGAUUGAUUGGAAUUAGAUAGGUUGUGGGGUGGGAGUGGGGGGCAGAGUGCAUGUGCAAGUGCAAGUGCAUGUGCAAGUGCAAGUUCAAUGCUUAAAUGCAAAUGCAAAUGGGUAGGGUGUGGGUGGGGGUGGGGUGCAGAAGCAUGUGUGGGAUGUCAGUUGCUUUUGAAUACAUGUGACAUUGGCAUAAUUAUAUAUAUUUUGCUUUCUAAACAGCACAGCCUGUGGUCGACUACUGCUUCCACUGCAUCAGAUCCUAUACCUUGUAUUGGACCACCUGCUUUCCCUUUUUCAUAUUCAUUUUCAUUUUGGGGGUUUGAGUUGUAAUUAAGUUUCUCUUUUAUUUUUAUUGUGCUUUUUCCUAAUCUAUUGCGUGGAAUUUGGCUUUGGGGGGAAUAUUAAUACCCCGAAUGGGUCUUGGUCUUGGAUAUGGUGUGGAUUUUUCCAGUUUUGAGUGAUGUUUGUUUGAUAAAUUUUCAUGUGAUUUUGCUGUAUUUGCUUAGUAAAUACACUUUAUAUAAUUAUAAAAAUGUUAAGUUGAAAAGGUAA